GUUAUUGCGAAAGGUGCACGUGUGUGACUUUAAGAAGUGCAAGAUAAGGUUUCUGUUUUUAGCAGCAGACUCCCAAGAUUAAAAAUAGCGUGCGAGCCCUCAAAUUCCCCCAAGAGACGCUCGAAUUCAUUCGCGCCCCAUUACUGAAGUAAAGCAAGAGAAGAAAAGUAACCCCGCCGUUAUACUGACAAUCAAAUAACGCUGUUACGUCCCAACAUUCUGAGCAAACAAACUUUAGAUUAUUUAAAGCCAUUUUGGCAGCUCCUCAGAGGCAACACGUGUGUCAUGAAAACGCGUUAGCCUCUCAGCACCGGUGACUUCAGUCUCUCACAGAACAGCACUAGGAAGAGAGCAGAAAAGACGGAUGUAACGCAAUGAGCCCAGUAGUGAAAGACACGACGUAGCGUUGCUGUUUUUGGAUUAUAGUUAAAAACGUGCUUUCUUUUUCUUAUGCAUUUCUUGAAGGAAUAGCUCUCUUAGGGAUCGGUUCUCACGCGUAAAGGAGCGUGUUUCUCAGAAGGAUUUAUUUAUUACAAGUUACCAAUGGGGUCUCAAGGGCCAGGACGUAGAAGAACCCCCAGCAAAAAUGGGUUGACUGGUGAGGAAGAUGCCCUCAACGUAAUCGCAAAAGAGGCUGAAGCCCGUUUGGCAGCUAAGAGGGCGGCCCGUGCAGAAGCUCGAGAGAUCAGGAUGAGAGAACUGGAGAGACAACAGAAAGAGAUUUAUCAGGUGCAGAAGAAAUACUAUGGACUGGAUAACUUGGACAACAAAUGGGGGGACAUUGAGCAGUGGAUGGAGGACAGUGAGCGAUAUACACGUGUCUCACGGAGACAUGCUUCGGUGUCAGAUGAUGAAGAACAGAUGUCAGUGGGGAGCAGGAGCAACAUACGGUUGGAUUUGGAUGCGGCGGGUGCUUACGGCGUGCUUCCCCAGGCCUCCUCCUAUCAUAAGAAGUCCAAGAAAAAGAAGAAACAUUCUUCCAAAAGUAGCAAUGGUUAUGACGAUGAUCUCAGUACAGUGUCUAGUCGGAGCUCCAGACUCAGUGAUGAGAGCAAAAUGUCUCGCUCCUCUAGACUUGAUCAGCAGUCGGGCUCUGUAUAUGAGGACAGUCUCUACAGUGGCUCUCGACGCUCCAGUGCUCGUGCUUCCUCUGAAUACGGUGGUUUCCCGGGCUCCAGCUCUAGGACUUCGUCCAGAGCAAAUUCUGCGUGUGGAAGUCCAGUGGAGGACUGCAGCAGCUCCGUGGCUAGUUUUAUGCGCAGCUCAGCUAGUAUCAGUGGCCUCUCUAGAGACCUUGACCGUGUGGUCAUUCCUGACCUGCCAAACGUUAAUGGGAGGCUGUCAAUGGCUGAUGACAGGUUAGAGCGAGACUACUUAGAAAAGGGAUCCUCACGAGCAUCAACUAUUUCUGGCGCCACUCUAACCUCUCUAGGUGGGACGUCCUCACGGAGAGGAAGUGGAGAUACAUCCAUCACUGCUGACACAGAAGCAUCCAUAAGGGAAAUCAAGGAGAUCCAUGAGCUUAAGGAUCAGAUUCAAGAUGUGGAGGCAAAGCACAUGCAGAACCUCAAAGAGCUCAAGGAUUCCCUUUUGGAAGUGGAGGAAAAGUACCGUAAGGCCAUGGUCUCCAAUGCACAGCUGGACAAUGAGAAGACCAAUAUGAUGUAUGAAGUGGACACUUUGAAAGACUCUUUAAUGGAACUGGAGGAGAUGCUCUUUGAAACACGCCGUGAGCUUGAGGAAAAGUGUAAGGACCUUGAGCGAGAGAAGCAUGCUCAUAGCAUACUGCAGUUUCAGUUCAGUGAACUGAAGGAGACGUUGAAACAGAGUGAAGAACUGCUCACUGAGAUCCGUCAAUUACGGCUCAAGCAAGACGGCAAUGUUAGGGAGAUUUCUGACCUCCAGGAAACUAUUGAGUGGAAGAAUAAAAAAAUUGGGGCAUUAGAAAGGCAGAAGGAAUUUUCUGAUGCCAUUCGAAAUGAACGGGAUGAGCUUAGAGAUGAGGUUGUUCAGCUCAAAGAUAUUUUGAAGAAACAUGGCAUUGUCCUUGGACUCGACUUGGCCACCAAUGGAGAAACAGAUGAAGUCGGAAAGGCUGAUCAGAAUUCUCAAACUGCAUCAGCUGAAAUCCGAGAGGGGAGUAGUGUCCUAGGCACUCAUCAGUUCAAGGUGUGUAAAGACCAGCAACAAAAAGAUUUGGAUGAUGGGGUGCCAGGGAAUCAGCAGAUUUCAGCAGAGCUCAGUUCUACAAACGCACCUUUAGAAGCAAAUGAGAAUGGAGAUCUUGGGGACCAAAUGAAUCAGGGUGUAGAGCAGCUUGAGAAUAGACCUGAAGAACCUCCAAGUUCUGUUGGUGAUGAUGAACUCACUGCAACGAGACCCAAGGAGCAGAUAAAAUCUGAGGCACAUAUACCAGAAGAUUCAAGAGCUAAUACAGAGGAAUUAGAGUGCAUUGUUCACAAGGAUGGACAUUUGGAGACAGAUCAACAAGAGAGUGAAUGUGUCAAACCUAGUCAGGUCAUCAAAGAAGAAACUCCUUUAGAGUCUGUCUCUGGUUCUGUCCAUGAUGAACCUGAUAAACCUGGUCAAGCUGUGCUUGAUGAUGAACUCAAAGAGGAGCCUGCAAAAUCAUCUCAAACAGAGAAGCUUGCCAAAACCCAAGGUGCUAGUGCUUCAAAUAAAAAGAAGAAAAGGAAGAAGAAAAACAAGCAGAAGCAAAAACAAAGUGACAAGCAAGAGAUUGACACAAAGAUAGAUGACAAGACUAAAACAGUCUGUAGUGAAGACCAUCCAAACCAAAAAACAGAAGGUGAUCUAGAAGGAAACAACCAGGAGCCCUUAGGGAAUGAUGUAUCCCAAACAACGAUGAAUACAGAUGUCCCACCUGAUGCUAAAAGAACCAGUGAAUUGGAUGGUAUCAAAACAGCAAGUGCAAAUAUACAUGCUGAUGAGAUUCAAGAUAAAAUUCUGUUAGUUACAGAUGAAGCUGAUUUAGCAGGAAUUUCUAAAACAAUCUCUAAUUUUGAUUGUCCUGAAUCUAGCAAUGGUAUCCUUUCAGAUGAUCUGUCCAGCAAAGUUAUCUCUAACCCUGCAAACAUUAUUGAAAAACACACUGAGGAUUCAACAAAUCCUGACUCUGAAGCUGUAGACUUUAGCUGUGAGCUUGUAUCUUCAGAAACUGAGACUUCACUGCCUCGUGAACCUGCUGCUCAGUCCAUGGAUGCAGGUGAAGGGGGUGUUGAGUCCAUCAGCUGCUCUGAGAACAUUGAGAGAUCUUCGUCGGUAGACAUGAAGGAAGUGAAGAGUCAUCUGAACUGUGAAGUGGAAGAACAGGAAGUAAAUGUCCAGAACACUGAUAUAGAUGGGACCACUAAUCCUGAAGAUCAAGAUGACUCUGCUCAUCUCUCUUCCUCUGUAAAGGAGAAGGUGGAAAAUGAAGCUGAAAGGGUAAUCCAGGAACCAUCUAUUGAUCAGCCAAUGGAAAACCAACUUCAAGACCGUAUUGGAGCAGAAUUGGAGCAGGAAGAGGUUGAGAGAUGUGAGGAUCUGGAUAAAGAAAACCUUAAAACGCCUACUGAAAAAGUUUCUGAUACCCAAGACAGUAUUGGAGCAGAAUUGGAGCAGGAAGAGGUUGAGAGACAAUAUGAUCUGGAUAAAGAAAACCUUAAAACGCCUACUGAAAAAUUGUCUGAUACCCAAGACAGUACUGAAGCAGAAUUGGACCAGGAAGAGGUUGAGAGACAAGAUGAUCUGGAUAAAGAAAACCUUAACAUGCCUACUGAAAAAGUGUCUGAUACACAAGAAAGUAUUGGAUCAGGAUUAGACCAGGAAGAGGUUGAGAGACGAGACGAUCUGGAUAAAGAAAACCUUAAAACGCCUACUGAAAAAGUGUCUGAUACCCAAGACAGUGCUGAAACAGAAUUGGACCAGGAAGAGGUUGAGAGACGAGAUGAAUUGGAUAAUGAAAACCUUAAAGCGCCUACUGAAAAAGUGUCUGAUACCCAAGAAAGUAUUGGUUUAGGAUUAGACCAGGAAGAGGUUGAGAGACAAGAUGAUCUGGAUAAAGAAAACCUUAGAGUACCUACUGAAAACAUGUCUGAUGGAAGCCAUGGUGACAACACCCCUUUAAUUGAGACACAGGUUCAGGUUGUGCAUGAGGAUCACUCGUCUCCCAAUGAAGCAAUUAAGGAAUCAGUUGGAGAGUCAGAUUCUUCUGACCAAGAACCUAAGGUUGGAAAAGAUGAGGAGGAAAGAUCAAUCCAAAAUCAGCUUAAAGUGCAACUGUCUAAAGAUGGAGAAGACCUUCUGGUAAAGUCAGAUGUGGCUGCUCAAGAGCUGAUAGAAGAAGAAGAGGAAGAUGAAGGAGAAUCGUUUGAUUUUGAUGAAAUGGAUCUUGAAGCAUCAUCAGAUGCCCCUCUAAAAAACAUUCUAGAUCAGCCAACAGAAGAAGGUACUCUUUUCAAAGAUGACGUCCAAGAAGCAAAACAGGAAUUCCAAAGUAAUGUCACCAAUGAGGACCAAACUCAGAAAGAACAUCUAGAACUUGCAGAUCAGGAAUCAAAGUCUAAAGAGCAGAAAGAUGAUGGACAAGACACAGAAAACCCACAAACUACAACAGUUAUACAAGGAUGUUUAACAGAGGACAGCCAAAUCAGCAGUGAAAUCAAACCUAAUGAUCAGCAGCAUGAGACUUCUGGAAAUAAAGAUGCAUUUGAGGAGCAUCAGCAGGCAUCAGAAAAUGUGACGCUCAGUAAAGGAGUUAAUCUGAUCUCAGAGAUGGAGAAAAGAAAUGUUGGCCAAGAGAUCAAUAGUUCCAUUCAACACGGAAACAAAGUGUCAAGUAUUUCAGGAGAUCUGGAAGUUGAGAAGGAAACCACAGAAAGAAACAAGGCACAUGAAAGAAAAGAAUCUAAAAAAAGUGGAAAAGGGAAAGGGAAGGGCAAGGGGAAAGAAGAAUGUAAAAUGUCUUAAUAGACAAGGACAUUGCUGAGUCUCAUCCCAGCAUCUUUAAUGGAAAAAAGUAUUUUGCACUUAUGCUGAUCCUAAUGAAAUUAUUUUGGGACCAUUACUUCAGAGAACCCUAAAAUAACCAAACCUAUCUUACAAUCAAUCCCAGUUAUCAGUCAUUGCAUCUUUUCAGCAAACAUUUUAUACAUGUUUUACACCUGAUUAACAAUACAGACAGAACACUUGAAAUUAGUUCAAACAGUAUUUAAAAUCCCCAAACCAAUUACUCAUUAAAUGCUAUCAGUAAUGGGUUUAAAGUGUCAUAUGUAUUAUGAAAUUUUACAUGAGCAUGAAUAAAACGUUUCUUAUACUAUAUGAGUGAUACAACUGAUCAGCUUUCUGUCUGUGCUGCAGUCAUGUUUAGCAACUCCUUAAUUACACUUUUUUCGGUAACAAAGGACCUAUAAUGUAUUUUGUUUAAAUGGGUGUUAUGUUGUUAAAAAUGGUGGUAAAUAAAAAAUAAAAAAAGUUAUUGUGUGCCAAACUUAUUAAACAAUCCUCUAAGAAUUUGACCGGAGCUUUGAAGUUAUGUUUUGAUUUUACAAUUUAUUUGUUGGAAGAUAAGUUUUGAAAAAAAAAAAGGAAAUAUUUGAUUCUGUUUGGUGAAGAUGGUGUUGGAACAUUGAGACAGUGUUUGUUAAGUGAACCAUGUAUUUUAAAAUAAAACUUGAGCAAUUAAAAAUUUGUUUUACACUAUUGUUUAUUAUGUAAAUUUUGUUAAGUAUAUUGAUACAGGACAUUUAAUUAAACCGCUUCAGAUAAGAUUUACUUAUUUUUAAGUCAUGAUAGUUUUAUUUUUUAGGACAA